AUGGCCGCGCAGGAAUCGCCAGGCGGAAGUGACGCGCGGGCCCAGUCCUCCAGCCCGCCCCUCGAGGGGCACCCGGGCGACAACGUGGAGAGUCUGUGGGCCUGCGACGACGACAAUGGAUACAACAGCCGUUUGCCGUGGAUCCGCGUGCUCGAGAGGCACGUGGAGAGCAAGGUCGCGGCGUGGGAGGCGGGUGGGCCGCUCCUCACCGACGUUUCACGGAGCAUCGCCGCGCUGCAGGCGCUGGCCGCGGAGCUGACCGUCACGGUGCACGGCUCGUCGCUCACGGACGACGACACGCCCUGGCGCGCCCGCAACGGCGAGAGGGUGCGCGUGUUCCAGGAGAACACGGUUUCGGUGUGUUUGGAGGGGCCCUACGCGCAGGGGACGGCGCAGACGGACUCGGUCUGCAACGUGACGCUCUGCGGCGUGGUGACGCCGGCCGCAAUCGACCUCAUCAGCGCCAUGACUCCGGGGGCCGCAGACAGGCGGAGGAUCUCGAGGGCGCUGCAGGACGCGAACUCCAGUGCCCUGCAUACAGCCCGAACCCCUCACGUAAUACAGCUGCGUCUUCUUCGCUUCGUCGCGCGGGAUCUGCGCAGACCCAACGAGGCGGAGCUGCAGUGCAUGGAGCAGCUGCGGAACGCGCGCAAGCCGCUGCUGCGCGCCCGGCACGCGCUCCAUGGGACUCUGGUUGAAAUUUCGUGCGGGAGCCUCAGCGGCUUCAAGGCCGCCGUCAUCCGCGAGAUGAUCAAGAUGGACGACCGCGUGCGGCCGCUGAUGAUCGCCGCGGCCAGGUGGGCGCAGCGCGAGGGCGCGCAGGUCGUCGACGGCACCAGGAAGCUGCUAACCCCCUACGCUCUCGACCUGCUGGUGCUCUUCCACCUGCAAACGCUCCGGAAGCCCGUCCUGCCGCCCAUCCGCGAGCUCUUCCCCGCCUACCAGGACCCCGACGGCCCCCGGCCGCUCGACGGCGUGGUCAGCGCCGAAGACGUCGACGACAGAGUGGCCAGGAUGCUCGUGCGUGCGACCGAGCUCGUGUCCACGUGGCGCUCCGGGAACGAGGCGGGCGUCGGGCAGCUGCUGGCGCUCUUCGUGGAGCGCGUGGCGCGGCUCACCGCGGCGUGGGCCGACGGAACGCUCGGCAACCGCGUGCCGUGCACCUGGCACGGCGCCUGGGUCGCCGUGCCGGACACCGAGCUCGGCCGGCGCAUGCUGGCGAUGGGGAACAACGUCGCGGUGGUGCCCGACCCGAUCGAGUCCGUGCAAAACAACGCGAGGAACCUCUCGAUGGCGACCAUACAGCACAUCGCGGAAACAUGCCGCGACGGGCAGGCCGCCUUCGAGGCGUGCGCCGCGCUCAUGGACCAGGACGAGAUCCAAGAGCAGAUCGACCUGCUGCUGCCCUAG